AUGGAAGAAUCGGAAGAGAUACUGCUGAACUCGGUGGCUAACUCGGGGGUUCCGAUUCCAACCGGUGUGUCAUCGGUCCUUGACCUUACUCCGGCCACCCUGUUCUCAAUCUGCUCCCACGCCAUCCGCUUGAUCGACCAUAGUCAUACGUUGUCGUUUCCUACGUCAUUGCCGGAAGUCUCAAUGGCUGAUCGAGUGAAGAUCUGUACGGAACUCGCCUCCGCCUUUAAGAUUUUGGGCUUCAUGGGCGACCUCAGCUUCCACAAGUUUCUUUAUCCAACUGAAGAGGACUUGCAUAAGUUGGUGAGAUUCUUGGUUGGAAGGCUAUCUGAAUCUUCUGAAGCCCGGAUAGCUGCAUUGGUAGAAGAAGAUAAAUUGGGAGGCGUCUCAAAGAACAAUGUUGGCAAUAAAGGAGAACCUCUGGAAAAGGAAGAGGUUUUAAAAGGAUUGAAAGAUAUAAAACUGAAGACUCAGCGACCACUGUCCUCUUAUAUGAUGUCUGAAGAUGACUUCAUUCAAAGGUCUGAUGAAUUUGAUUUAAAUUUACAAAAUGUAACAGGAGUUGGGGUUAAAGAAACUGCAGCAAAAGACCUAGAUUUCAGUCAAGGGGAUUCUGUUAAGGAGUUGUCUGCAAAGUCAUCAGACUUGCAACAUCUUGAAGAGGAGUUUGAGUUGUUGAAAGCAGCAGCAGAAAUGAUAUUUGAUGACCAACAUACUAUUCAGUUUUACAUUGAACAGCUCAAUGACCAAACAGAAACAAAAAGACAAAAGCUUGCGGAACUUGAGUCUCUAUGGGAAUCCAUAAGAAAACCUCUGGAAGAGAAAAAGGGAAAUCUUGAGCAGUCCCUCCGAGCCCUAAAUCCAGAGGCUCACGAAAAGCUUACAAAAGUGAAAGAAAUUGAAUUUGAAGUGGAAGGCGUCUUAGCUGAGAUCAAAGAAAGAGAGGAGGAACUUUCUAAGCUGUCUGCAGAUCUGGAGAAGCAACCCAAGUUGGCAUCGAGGAGAUCUUACAUUCAACGGAUAGAAGAGAUCACAAAAAAUAGCAGGAAACAGGACAUUGACAUAGAGCGGAUCUUAAAAGACACAAGAGAUCUUCAGUUGGAGAGUAAUUCCAUCCAAGAUCGCCUUACUCGGACUUAUGCCGUGGUGGAUGAAACCAUUUUCAGGGAGGCCAAGAAAGACUCAGUUGCUCGACAAGCUUACAGGCUUCUCACAAACAUCCACGAAAGCUUUGAACAGAUUGCUGAAGACAUUAUCAACACUGACAGAACGCGAAGGAGCGUGGCUGAUUACGAGGCCAAACUCGCAACCACUACUUCUAGACGCUUGAACGUGGACAAGUUACAAGUAGAUCUUGAAGCCAUCAGAAAAGAAAAUGAUCUCCUUGAACGACACCUUCGUGAUAUAUGA